AUGAAAAAUUUAUGUUUAGAAAAUACCGAAAACACGCUGGACGCAUGUCAAAAUACGAUAUCAUUUACGAAUAAUUUAAUACCAAUAGCGAGCGCACUCGCAUCUGACGCCGCUGACGUCGCUCAAAACUUUGCAUUAUUUGCACCAUUAAUCAAUUCAUUCCUUGAAUUAGGUAAAGAAAUCAUAAAAUUAUAUGAAAAGGCCGAACAUAAUAAAAAUCUCUGUAGUUUCCUUUUGCAAAGAUGUAAUUGUGCAGUUUCCGCAAUUAAAGAUUUAGAUAUUAGGAAAACCGAACAUGCAAAUUUCUUUUCUAAACAAGAAAAUCUUGAGUUGUUUACGUUGUUCAUUAAAUGCAUGAAAAGAAUCAAAAAAUUUAUUGCCGAUGUUAGUCAAUUAAGUAAACUUAAGAAAUAUAUCUUGGCUAAUAAUAUUGAGGAUACUUUUACCAAACUUGUAGAAGAAUUUGAAGGGUGUAUGAAUAGUUUUAAUUUCUCUUUCACUAUGCAAUCCAGAGAGGAAUUGAUAACGAUUAAAGAUGAAAUUAAACAACUCAGAAACUUGUUAUUAAAUAUCAAUGGUUCUACUAGUAAUGAUAAACAAUCUCAUGAUGAGUUUUUCAAAGGAGUGGAUGCUGUAACCGGAAAAAACAAGGAAUUUCAAAAACAGAAUAGGCAUACAGACGCGAAUUCAUCUGAUUUGAUAACUUGCAUAGACAAGGAUGAGCCAUUGCUCGAUGGAAGUAACUACUUACAAACCGGUAACUUUCAUUCAAAGAAAAUCGAAGAACGUAUAUCAAAAAAUGAUUUUCAACGUGUUUCUUUUAAAGAAUUUUCAAAUAAUUCUUCUUCCUCUGUCUUGGAUCAAAACAUUUCACAUAAUAUUGAAAAUGUGAGGUAUAUGGCUCCUGAAAAACUACUAAUAGAUGAAAGUGAAAAUAACAUUACACAAGGUGAACGUGCUAAUAAUGACAUGAAAAGAAAAAAAGUUCCUUAUGAUUCCAAAUGUGAAAUUUAUAGUGUAGGAGCAUUAUUAUGGGAAAUUGCGGAACUGAAAAAACCACAUUCUGACCUUAGUAAAUCAGAAAUGCUCGUUAGUAUUAGGAAACGUGUUCGUGACAAAUAUCCUAUGGAACAAGAACCACAAUGGCGUCCUACAAUAUUUCUUAUUUGUCGCACACUUUCAGAUCUAAAUGAAAAAUAUUCAAUUCCUAAUUCACCUUUACCCAAUUCAAAAGAUGAUGAGGAUUUAACAAUAGAUAAUCAUCCAAUAUCUCAACCAACUAGAAUUCUCUCUGUUGAAAAAGCAAUUCAGGAACAUAAAUCAAAUAAUGGAAAUAAACAGUUAGCAUGGCAAAGUUUCAAACAUCAUUCAGAAACUAAUAUUGAUGCAAAAUAUUGGGUAGGAUAUUAUUAUUAUUAUGGGGAAAUUCCCGAGUUACAACAAAUGGAUCCACAAGAAAGGAAUAGAAUGGCUUUAGAAAUAUUUAGAGAGACAGCUGAUAAAGGGAAUCCUUCUGCACAGUUAAGAUAUGGAAUGUAUUUAUGGCAAAAUGGUAAUUAUUCUGAGGCUUUUAAAUAUUUAGAAAAGUCUGCCGAGUCCGGAAAUUCUACUGCCAUGUAUAACAUUGGAAGCGCCUAUUGGAAUGGCAAUUUUGUUGAACAAAAUAAACUUAAAGGAGCCAGUUAUUUAAUAGAAGCCGCUAAGAAAAAUCAGCCUAAAGCCAUAGAUAUGUGUAGGAUUAAUCAAAUUAAUUAA